CAACGCGCUCAUCCGCGCGACCUGAGGUGAGGAGUGAUGAACAACAGGAGCUUUCAAAAUAUUAAAACAAAAACAUGUCAGCAGCACUCUAAGUGUGAUAUUUGCAGCUCUACAGAGACAGGCUGGUUAUCUGGAAUUGGAUUCCAAGGUUGUUAUUCCAGGAAUAAUGUGCUCUGGAGAGACUGGAGCUUGAUUUCAUAAAGAAACAGCUGAAGCAGCUGAACAGAGGUUUAAAGAGGAUGUCUGCAGCAAAACGGCUAAAUGCUGAGAAGAAUUUCAGAGUGGUCGUCCGUCUAUGUGCACCGAACAGACCAGAACAUUCUGUCUCUUUAGAUGAACCCAGAGCCUCCAUUAAAGUGACACAUCUCAACAGAGUAGUUGUUGACACUGGAAGGAGUCACAAGCCUCAUAUUAUAGCCCUUGACGCAGUCUUAGAUGAGGAGGCCUCUCAGAGGGAUGUUUAUGAUUCAACAACAAAGUCUCUGGUCGAGUAUCUAAUGCAGGGUUAUAAUGGCUGUGUGAUUGUCUAUGGCUCUCCAGGCAGCGGUAAGACUCACACCAUGCAGGGAUGCAGCGUGUCAGCCAAACACAGAGGCAUCAUCAGCCGUGCAGCUGAGGAUAUCUUUGCCUCUCCCAAGGCAUCUCACUGCAAAAUCAGAGUCUCGUUCUACCACAUCUUUAAUGAAAAGAUUUACGACCUAUUGGAUCCAAAAGCGAGUGAGGUGAUCUGGGUGCGUGACUGUGAGGAGGUGGUGCGUCUAGAUGGGUUGACAGAAGUGGAAGUGCACUCCGCCCAGGAUCUGCUACAGGUGCAUCGCCGUGGCUCCGCGCUCAGACACACAGGGAUCUCAAAAGGAGAUUUUCCAAGCCGAUCCCACAUGGUAUUCAACAUUGUAGUCAUUAACACAAUACUCCAGUCCCCUGAGGGAGUUUUGACAGCCAGCAAACUCACUCUGGUGGAUCUGGCAAGUUCAGGAAAAUGUCGUCGUUCUGUGGUUCCUGACAUUAAGAGAGCUUUCAAUGCCACAAAUGAAAACCUACAAGAGACCAAGAUGCUGAAGCGCUCCCUCACCAUAUUCGGAAAUGUAAUUUUUGCUCUCAGUUCUGCGGGGUCCCAGCAUGUCCCAUACAGAGAAUCCAAACUAACUCGAGCACUUAGGGACUGUUUAGGAGGGAACUGUCGGACAUGUUUAGUGGUCACAGUGUCAUCUCAAUCAUCUUCAGUAUCUGAAACUCUCAGCUCUCUACAGUUUGCUUCCAGAGCCAUGGCUGUUCCUUCACGACCCAUAUACACAUCCCAGUUACAUUACACACCUGAACAGAAGGACAUUAAUCAUCUGAACAGACAGCAGAUUUUACCGCCGGUCGGUUCUGACAGAAAGUCACAGACAUGCUUGCUUCCCGUUCUUUUGAGCUCAGUCAGUCCCUCUGAACCUAAACUCAGCUCAAGUGGAGAUGGGCUGGAGCUCAGAAGUUUUCUCCCCCAGCUGGAGAAACCAGGCCAAACCGAACCACCUGGCCAUUACAGUCGCGGAUCUCGACCUGUAGAUGAAAAAAACAGAGCUGAUGGUAGGACGCGCUCCCUGUCCCGUUCCCUGCCAGGGGCAGUUCUCCAUGAUGCUGGAGGCAAAGAAAGAACCGGAAAGGGAUCAGAGUUUUCAUCCUCACACCGCCGUUCAUUAGAACGGCUCUCCACAUCCUCUCUUGAACCUUUUUCAUCUCCUUCAGCAGUUGUGGAGUGUCCUAACUGUUCCCGGGAACGAAAGAUCCGAGAGGAGUAUGACAAGAUUAUCGUUCAGGCUAGGAGAGACAAAGAUUCUCUCAGUCAAAAAGUAGCAGAACUGGAGAAUGAGUUGAGGAUGAGAGCAACACAGCCGAGAGAAGAGGGGUCGAACAGGGAGAAGAAAGGAGGAAAUGAAGAAUCUAUCAGCAAUACAUCUGCAGAUCCAGGAAUAUUAAAGACAGCAGAGGUGUGUUUGCAGUCAGAAGCAGAAGGUCUGAGAUCAGAGCUGAGCGCAUGUCAUGAGAGAGAGAAGUUGCUGACACAAACACUGCACUCUGAGAGAGAAAGACUGACCGAGGACAUCCAGGAACUGCUCACACAGCUCAACAGCACCAGAGAGAAAAACAGCCAGCUUGUUUCAGCCCUUAACAACCAGCGGGAGAGUUUGUUGGCACAACUACAGACCAGCAGAGACGAGCUUGAAAGAUUUCAAGAGAGUGCGUCUCUUACCCUCAGCCAGCUCAAGACUGAAAAGGCUGAACUGAUGACACACUUAGAAGACUCAAAACAUUCCUAUGAAAAGGUGUGCUUGGAAAAUGCUGGUUUGAGACAGAAACUCAAGUCAUUUGUGAGGGAGAUCAACUCAGCCCCCUUUACAGAAUCCAGCACACACGCAGUCACAACGAAUACCGAGAUGAUUGUUGUCUCACACCAUGUGUCUCAGCAGUGUCCUGCAGGUGUCACACAAGGAAGCUUUAGUCAGUGUGAAAGAUUUCAGCAUCCUGAGGUGGAGUUUACAGAGAAAUCAGAAACCACAAACAACAGCAACUGUGAACAGCCUCUGUUUAAACCUCACAACAUCUACAAGCAGCUGAGGAGGGAGCACAGUCUGUUACUGGAUGUGAUGCUGGUUCUCUACAGGAGAGAGUGGUUUCUGCAGGAUGCCAUACCAUACGUCAGACGUACACUCAGGAAGUGUGGACUGAGACCUGAGGAUAUAGACUAAAGACUGUUAUUGUGUGUGAGUGAAUGAGGGAGGUGGAAAGUAAAAGCUAUCCUUUGAAUCAAGGCAUAGUUCACCUAAGAGUGCACAAAACUGUCACUUGGGCCGCUACAUCUUUGUACCUUGUUUACCCCUGAAUGGUACAUAUAAAUAGCUUAAAGGUACAUAUUAGUAAGUUUAAGUACAUAUGUAUCCCUGGACCACAAAACCAGUCUUAAGUAGCAUGGGUAUAUUUGUAGCAAUAGCCAAAAAUACAUUGAAUGGGUCAAAAUUAUCCAUAUUUUUCUUUUAUGCCAAAAAUCAUUAGAAUAUUAAGUUCAUGUUCUGUGAAGAUAUUUUUUACAUUUUCUACCGUAAAUAUAUCAAAACCAAAAAAAUCAAAACGUUUUUGAUUGGUAAUAUGCAUUGCUAAGAACUUCAUUUGCACUACUUUAAAAUCGAUUUUCUCAAUAUUCUGAUUUUUUUUGCACCCUCAGAUUCCAGAUUUUCAAAUAGUUGUAUCUCAGCCAAAUGAUGUGAUACAUCAAUGGAAAGCUUAUUUAUUCAGUUUUCAGAUGAUGUAUAAAUCUCAAAAAACUACCCUAAUGACUUUUUUGAAAGGGUGCCGCCCCAUUUUUUUUCCCUUAGAGUGUACAGUGAACGGGUAAGGAAGCAUUCAAGGUUUGAAAGCACUGUAAAAUUAUCAUAAAACUUGCAUGUGAGUAAGAGACAAACAUUUAAGUUGUUACUCACUGAAAAUAUUGGCUUUAGCCCAUGGGAGUAGAUGAGAUUUCAUGAGUGUCUAAUUUAUGAAUGAUUUGUACUUUUGAAUCUGAAAAUUAUCUGAAAAUUACUAAAAGAUUAUCAGUAAAUUACUUAAAUCUUUGUCUAUUUCUCACACUAAGCUAUGGUGUGACUUCAGAAGACGUUGAAUAUAGUACGCGAAUCAUAUGGACUACUUUUUAUGAUGCUUUAAUGAUGCUUUUGCAACUUCUUGCAACUAAAGAUUAAAGGCUUCAGUCUCUACUGCAGUUGCAUGUUCAAGAAUGACUAGCACAAUCUGUUAAUGUUCUGUGGAAGAAGCAAAGUCAUCACAGAUUAGGAACAACACAACAGUGAGGAAGUAAUGACUGAAAUGCAUUAUUAGAAUAUAAAUGCAUAUUUUAGAAUAUAUGAAAGUUUUUUAAAUAAGUUACAAUAAAAAAAAUGAACUUU